AUGCCGUCCUGGACUGAUGUUGCCACCAAUGAUCUGCUCACAGCUGUGAUCAUGCACGGCCAACUUUCCACUACGGCAUCCCAAGCGCCCUUUGGAACUGUGCAUAACUUUUCAGCAGUCUUCACAUACAUGCAGAAUCGUGGCCAUACCUACACAUACAACUCUAUGUCGUCUCACUGGAGCCGUACGGCUCGUCGAUUGACUCUGGUUCGUGCCCAGAACCCUGGAAUAGUUCCAGCUGGUGCUGCAGCUCCGCUUGCCCUAGCUCUUGUUGCUGGUUUGCCGGCGCCAAAUAUUUCCGGCAACGUUCUCCCUAUUCCUGCUCCCGCUCCCGCCGCUGCCCUGUUUGUGGCUUCGGCCACCGCUCCCGUCUCUACCAGUCAGGUCCAGCCUGCUGCCGUUCCCACGACAAACCCUGAUGCAUCACAAAGUGCACAGUCUGGCGACGACAAUGAUGAGGAUGGUUUCGACACUCACAGCUCUGAUAAAUCGGCCAUGCUCAUUCCAGAAUUCCAUAUGUCAUGGCUAAUACCUCUCAGUUUCAACCGACGAGACGCCGAUCGAGGAUUGGGCAAUCUAUUAUAGAUCCCUUACCGCUGGGGGUCGUCUGGAGGAACUCAAAUACCUGAUUGAACGACUUUCAAUGCUCCGAAACGCUCAGGAAGACCUCAACGACGAACAGGUCGUCAAUGCACGAUUGUUGGAUUUCAUCACAGC